AUGCCCGUUUACAGCUGGCUGGACCCUCAUCGAAAGGAAAAGGAUCUUUUCAGUUCUUGGAAGCAGCUCUUGCAUGACCACGACAAACGGACCUUGGCUCGAACUGACCCUGAUACAGCGGAAGACACAGCUGGACGCGCGAUGGCCGGUGACAUCGCUCUGGACGACAGGACAGCCAUAUUGUCUGAAUCACAUCGCUGCCGGCAGGUACUAGCAUUUGUACCGAGACCGAACCUAGCGGACCUAGUACCAGGUAUCAGAAGCAACAGUUGGGAGCAGGGGCAAGAGCAGGAACAGGAGCCGCUGGCUGCACCAAUGUCUGCUGAUGCGAUAAGGACGCUAAAGCAAAAAAGGCAAAGAAUUAAAUAUAAUUCAGGACCACGCCCAGUUAUCGACCACUUUACCGGCAGCGGACAGAAUAGUGCCGAUGCACCUACGAAUGACAAGAGAGAACUUCAGCAAGUCCUUUCCGGCAUGGAUUCAGCGCAGGUACUGGAAAAAAUGGAGCUCGUUGACUCGAUAGAAAAGCUGGCGGCCUUACAGGAUCUUCAGGCCGCAGUUACAUCAUUGCGCCCAAAGCUAGAAACGGUACAGCCUGAAGGCAUGAGGCCAUCCGACAUUUUGGCAGCUGCAGUAUGCACUUCUGUCCAUGGCGAGAAUGCCGACGCAGGCGAGGCUGUCGAAGCAACAGGAUCUACGGUAGAAGGGGCGACAGAUACUGAGGUUCUUCUAUCGCAGGCGGCGACAUCGCAGAGGUCGAUUCUCUUGUGGGACGAGAUCAGAACAAUUGUAGAGGCCAUGAGCUCGCCUUGGAGUCAGCUCCAGGACAUGGGAGACUCUGCUAUACGCGAACUCGGAAUCGAUAAUCUCGACGACGACGUGAUUCAUCGGCUUUGCAUCAAUGAGAUCUUUGUUCAGGAGAAAGAGGAAGAGCUGGAACGCUCCUCAGAUAUGUCCGAAGACAUCGAUGCAGUCUGUACUGAGCGGACGAAACCAUCACAGCUGUCGUACCAAACCAGCCUGGCCUUAUAUCGCGUGUUGUUUUGUCGAAAGGCGUUGCAUCUAAAAUCCAUUCCAUCACGUCUCUUUCUGGACGCGAUCCUACAUGCUAGCAAAGCUCAUGGACGGGCCAUUGUGGACGGUGUCCUGAUACCAGUCGUCCGCAAUCACGCGUGUUUCUCGAAACUGACAUCUGAACUCGCUCAAAAGGUCAUAAAGGAGCAAAUACCGGCUACCGUGAUCCAUUUUCUAAGCAAUAUCUUUGACGCUGCUGUUGAGCAGGAUAUGCCAGAGAGUAGGGAACAAGACAUGCUCGAUCGCCUUCCCGUGCUUUUUGUAUCAGAGAUUCACCUGGCAACUGUUCAAACCAUUCUUGGUUACAGCAAUGUUCCCUGUCCGUUGCCGACUCGACUCUGGGCUCGUUUCAAUUUAAUUCUCGAUGUGCUAUGGACAAAAGUAGCUUCACUAGUCACAUCGGAGCCAUCUUUGUCGCCCGGGAUAUCAAUUGCGACUGUAGGCACGUUGAAGGAGGCAAUCAACACGCAUAGCGGCACCGCAUGGAUACUUAGGAUGUACUGCCCUUCAAACCUUUGGGAUAAUCUUGUAAGGAGCGAUAGUUCCAUGACCGGUAGUGUGGAGAAAAGUGGCAAUUUGAAUAAUCAGGGACCGUUUCGACUUUCGAAUCCUAAAUUGGUUCAGCUUUUGAUGACCUGGACCAUUCGGCAGGGACCCUUGUGUCCAGACGUGGAGAAUUUACAGCGACUGCGGGAGUUUUGCGCCAAUAGGUUGGAUAUCAAGCAGGCGAAGGGGCUCGUAACCAAGCUGGAUAUCUACAUCAAGAAGAAAAGGUCCAAAUAA